AUCAUCUUUACUUUGCAAUGCACAUGUAUGUUAUGGUUUUCUGGCUGAAGGUGUCAGUAACAUGACGUGACAUUUAUCACUGACCUUCAGUUGGAGAUUCCUGGAUGUCAGAGGUUUAUAUAAGACUCACGUUAAAUAUGGAAGGCUAUCAUUAAAGUGUAUAAACAAAUUUUAUUUUACCUCAUCCUAAGUGCACAUGUAAGAGUCAGUCUUUCUGUUGGCCAUUAUAAACUGAUCUUUGAAAAAUGGAUAAUAUUUAAAAUUGUCACUACAAAGAAGUGUAAAAGUUGUUUCUGUGCCUUCCCUGCGAAAUUCCUUAUGUUAAAUUUUAAAACCUUUUCGACCACUUUGAAGUCUGAAUUUCAUUGAUUUUGUCUCAGUUGUGCAGUGAGAUACUGUUCCUGUGAGCAUUUUUCCCCCUUAAGGUUUUGAUACAUGUCCUCAAUUUUAAUACCUUUUCAGACAUGGUUUGUUCAGAAAAGCUGAAAGUCCUAUUCCUGUGUUAAUAGAUUACAGUACUUGUUCAUGCCAUAAUUACACAAUUUGUAAAAUGGGUGUAAUGCUAUCAAGCUCUUUUCAGAAGGCUCUGUGAAAAGUUUUGUAAUACUGCUUUCUGUGUAUGGAAGGGGUUAGUUAACUUGUGUAACCUUUUAUUACUUUGUUUUUGAAUUUGUAGAUAAAUCUGUUCUUCUGGUUUCAGUGUGAACUUGCCCUGUAAAUGGCUGGGCUAGAGUUUAACUCUUUGUUGUAAAAAGUAGUGCUGAUGUUGUUAUCCCCAAGGUUUGUAGUAUUCCUAUCCAAGGCUUUGGUUUGGACACAUCUUCAGUCUCUAGGAUUACUAAAUAACAAUAAAAAUAUUUUUUUCUUUUUGUUCUUGGGUAGUUUCCAGAAAAGCAGUGAAACCUUUUGUUUAAAAUUGUUUAGUUUGAUUUUUUUUCAGCAGUUUACAGAUUUGGGUGUAGCAUAGAGAUGUUUUUCUAAUCUAAACCCUGGACAUUCUGUUGAAGAGCAAAAUCACGUGAUUAGAUUAGACUUCUCACUACUCUGCCAGUGUUCGGAGACUAGCAGCUCACUGGAAGGAGGCAUUUCCCAGGGAGAAAGCGACUGAUUCAUACUUGCUCACCAUGGAAGCAUUCCAGCGUCAGCUAUUCACUCUUAUUGGAGGUCUGAUCUGUUUCUAUGUUCUGGUAAAAUGCAUCAGAUUUAUGAAAUACAUUUUCCCACAUGCAUGGAGUGCUGUGCCUCAGACUUUCUUUCGGUCGAUGGGAGAAUGGGCAGUGGUCACAGGAGCAGGAGAAGGGCUUGGAAGAGCAUAUUCCUUUGAGCUGGCAAAACGUGGAUUAAAUGUAGUUAUGAUAAGCAGAACUCUUGAAAAACUACAGAGAGCAGCCAUUGAAGUUGAGCAAACCACAGGUCAAAAGGUGAAGAUCAUACAAGCUGAUUUCACUAAAAAUUCAGUAUAUGAGAACAUUGAAAAAAAUCUGCAAGGCUUGGAUAUUGGUGUUCUGGUUAACAAUGUUGGAAUGCUUCAUAAUCCUCUUCCAUGCCGUUUCCUUAAUGGAUCAGACAUAGAUGAGAGCCUUGUCAACUGCAACAUUAUUUCUGUUACAAAGAUGACAAAAAUGAUUUUGAAACAAAUGGAGUCAAGACGGAAAGGUCUUAUUCUGAAUCUGUCCUCCGGUUUGGGUACUUUCCCUUGUCCACUAUACACAAUGUACUCAGCUUCUAAGGCUUUUAUAAGCACUUUCUCCAAAGCACUACAAGCAGAAUAUAAGGCAAAGGGAAUUAUUAUACAGGUAGUAACUCCUUAUGGUGUUUCUACUCCAAUGACGAGGUACCAAAAACCUGACCUUAUUACAAAGACAGCAGAAGAGUUCGUGAGCGAAUCACUGCAAUAUGUCACCUUUGGAGAUGAAGUUUUCGGAUGUUUAUCUCAUGAAGUGCUGGCACGUGUCCUGCAGUUUGUCCCUUUAUGGGUAUUCCACAGCAACAGAUUUCAAGAAACAGUCUUGCACUCAUUUACUAAUUAUCUGAAGAAGAUGUGGAGGAACCCAAACCCUUAACAGUCAUUUUUCUGGAGGAUGUGCGCUGCAAAACCCCAGCACAACGUGUUUUGCUGUGUCUCUGCAUGUGAAUGUAGAAGGAAUUGAUCAGCUUGAACCAUAACUCCAUCCAAAUCACCUGUUAACUGAUAAGUGAUUACUUGGUCCAAUGACUCUAUUAAGCAAAUUAAAUCCUGUCCUUCUUCAAAGACUUUAAAAUUUGCUAAAGCUGUUCCAGUUACUUCUAUCAGCCUUACAUAGGUAUUAAGAAAUUUAUGCUACUAUUUUCACACAAGCAUGGAGGCCGCAAAUAUUUACGAUUGUUUGAUGCUCAUGAAUAAAACAAUAAUUUGCUCUACUUGUAAACCUGUUCACAGUGUA